AUGGCGGUGGGCACCCUGGACCACCCCCUGCUCCCAGCCGCCUUCGUCCCCGGCGCGGAGGGGAGCGCGGGGACGCGGGGGCUCUGGGAGGCCAAGCGGAAGCUGGAUCUGGAGGGUCCCGGCCAGCCGUGCCGCCCCGAGUUUCGCACGCCCAAGGGCAAGGGCAGGACCCUGGCCCAGGUCCCCAGCCCGAGGACUCCCAAGUCCCCCGGCGAGAAGACGCGCUACGACACCUCGCUGGGGCUGCUCACCAAGAAGUUCAUCCACCUGCUCAGCGAGUCGGCCGACGGCGUCCUGGACCUCAACCGCGCCGCCGAGGUGCUCGAAGUGCAGAAACGGCGCAUCUACGACAUCACCAACGUGCUGGAGGGCAUCCAGCUCAUCCGCAAGAAGUCCAAGAACCACAUCCAGUGGAUGGGGACAGGGAUCUUUGAGGACACGUCGGUGACGGUGAAGCAGCAGGUGCUGCGUGAUGAGCUGGCCGAGCUGGCCAAGACGGAGAGGACACUGGACCAGCUCCUCCAGGACUGCGCUCUGCAGCUAAAGCAGCUCACGGAUGACGAAGCCAACCAGAGGCUGGCGUACGUCACCUACCAGGACCUCCGCGCCAUCAGCAACUUCCAGGAGCAGACGGUGAUCGCCGUGAAGGCUCCCCCGGAGACGCGGCUGGAGGUGCCGGACUUCAGCGAGGGGGAUAAAAGUUCUGGCGGGCAGCCGGUGCUAGGUGGUGUCAGCCGGUGCCGGGCGCUGUUUGCACGAGAAGUGUCGUGCAGGCACUGGGCACCUCGGCAGGCGGCUGGGAGAAGCGUUUGCCCCGCUGGGGAUCUAGGCGCGAUGACAUGA